AAAUAUAUUAAAAAAGGAAGACAGAGAGACUCUUUCAAGUGAUCUAUCUCCCUCCUCAACCGCAGACACAGUUCUCUAUCUUCUCAGAGCAAAAAUGGAGGUUGCUCUUCUCUCAUUCUCUUCUUCCAUCUCUCCUCUCUGCCACAACCGAGCCUUAACCCUAUCUCCCAAACUCUCCAAACCCUCGAACUACCCUCGCCUCCCAGUCAUCAGAUCCGCAGUCUCUCGCUCCAAGAAGGAAGAAACCGUCGAGACCGUCAAGUCCCAUCUCGAGAACUGCCACCUCCUCGCCGCCAUCAACUACAAAGGCCUCACCGUCAAGCAGUUCCAAGACCUCCGCAGAACUCUCCCCGACACCACGAAGCUCGUCGUCGCCAAGAACACUCUCGUCUUCAAGGCCAUCGAAGGCACCAAAUGGGAAGCUCUCAAGCCUUGUAUGAAAGGCAUGAACGCUUGGCUCUUUGUUCAGACCGAUGAGAUCCCUUCCGCCAUCAAACCGUACCGGAGUUUCCAGAAGGAACGCAAACUCGAGGACAAUGACUUCGCCGGUGCUGUCUUCGAAGGUAAGUUCUACGCUCCUGACAACUUCAAGGCCCUUGAGACGAUGCCUACACGAGCUGAGGUUUACGCUAAGAUGCUCGGAGCUCUCCAGAGUCCGGCGAUUAAUCUCGUAUCUACUUUACAAGCGCCGGCCAUUGAGGUUAUCAUGGUGCUUAAGGCUUAUGUCAAGAAGCUUGAAGAUGAGAGUAACAAUGCAUAAUUAGUUAAAAGCAAUUCACUUUCUUGUUUAUGACUCGAGCAGCAAGCAAUUGUUUAUUACAGUUUUAUUGAAAUGUUUUUUUUU